CAUAUGGUUAUGGUAAGGCAGAGGCAUAUACAAUCAUAGGAUAGAGUGGUCCAACUAAUUCUACAUCAUUUGAUAAUUUUGGUGGGAGACCAUAAAAAGUAGGUUGCGGUUAAUUAAGAAUUAACUGAACUGGUGGCUGUGUUAUUUGAUGAGGUUAAUUAUGGAUCACUUGAUUUGGAGAGGAUGGAAGUAGAAAAGAGGAUUAUGAUGGCUAUUAUUAAAAUAUUGAAGAUUAAUUCUAUUGGUUUUACGGUAUGUUUUGAUUAGGUAAAUGAUCAGUUUCAAAUAAAUGAAUGUAUUCUGGAUAUAAAAAUUGGAUUUUCUCUUUUUCAUACUUUGCUUUGUCCAUAAUUGUUAUUUUAUGAGAAAAAUUCAAUUUUUUUAUUUCAUGUAGUCUUAAAACAUUUUCACCAAUUUAUUUCAAUUUCAAAUUUACUUCUAAAAAAUAGAUUUGCUCUAAAGACAUAGGAAAAUUAGUGACAAAGUGUUUGAUUGCUUAUUCAAUUAAUUCAGGUUCA